AUGGACCUGUUGGAGGAGUAUAGAGAGUCUCAAGUCCAGCUUGCUAUACCGAAUCGGACUGUGCCUGUGCAGACAUGGAAGCCACCGACUGGGUCUCAAUACAAAAUAAACUUCGAUGCGGCGGUGUUUGCUGAUAUCAAGGUUUCCGGUGUUGGUGUGGUCAUCCGGAAUGACAAGGGAGAAGUCAUGGCGGCCUUGUCUGCUAGAGGGCCACCGGUGAUGGACAGUGAGGAGGCUGAGGUGUUGGCAGGGCGUAAGGCAUUGGAGUUUGCAUUGGAUGUGGGCUUUUCGGAAGUGGUUCUGGAGGGAGAUAAUGUUGGUGUGAUGCGGUCCAUUCAAUUGACAGGUGCGAAUAACUCACGCCUGGGUCAUAUAUAUGGGGAUAUCCACUGUCUGGCAGCAAGCUUUAGAGUUUGGUCGGUUAGUAAUGUAAAACGAACGGCUAAUUCUGUUGCCCAUUCAUUGGCCAAAUAUGCUAGACAAGUAGUUGAUGAACAGGUUUGGUUGGAAGAGUCCCCACCACCUACUCAAGAUGCGUUGUACUUUGAUUCCUGCUUUGUUAAUGUUUGA